CCCACUAAAAACGCCCCUCCCCGGCGCCUUGCGGAACGAAUUAAACCCCAUCGCACCGUGGGUAGCGCUGAUGGCAACAUAACAUCGAAUCAAGCAUGUUAAACUGAAUACGAAACUGCAGAGCCGGUGGGCGAGAAAAGUGUAUGCUUUUCUAGAAGCGUACACCCUCAAAACAGUAAAGGUCCGUGUCUGUGUCCGACAUGGCCGAGCAGGAGAUAACGGCAGACCUCGAUGCCAUGCUCGACAUGCCCGCACCCGGCCGGUCUGGGACGGGCAGAGCUGUGGCUCUGGCGCGGUUGCUGCACCAGGAGUGCGUUCAACUUCUUCAGCUAUACCAAGAGCGGGAGAGCUUCCUGGAGGACCUCACCCCCGAGGGCGGCCGCAUCGUCUCCCCGUCCCCGGACGCCCUGGACGGGGGGGGUCCCGGGGAGGGUCCUGGGGUGGGCGAGCUCCACGGGGCUCUCCGCCAGUGCCUGGGCCUGCUCCACUGCCUCAUCCAGCGGGAGGAGGAGGAGCUGGGGGAGCUGGAGGGGGAGUACGAGGCCAUGAGGAAGAGCGUCCGCCGCCGGCUGGAGCACCUGGUGCUCAGCACCUGUGGGCUGCUGUCGGGGGGGGCCGAGGUCGGCCCCGACCACAGCUGCACCGAGGAGGUUGAUGGCGAGGUGGGAUCCUUUGCCCUCAAAAUGUGGACGUAUCGGGUGCUGCUGGAGCUACUGCACUGGUCCGACCACGCCAAGAUGACCCUCCACAACAUAAACGCGCAGAGCCAAGACGCAGAGGAGGACGCCUAACUCCCAAGUUUAUUUUUAGCCAAGCCCAACUGUGAACCGGGACGGAUUCUGCAUCCAAACUAAGCCAGCUCGCGGUGUGAAUGUGUUGAGAGGAAUUAAAAAAGAGAGGAAAGAUAGAAGUUAAUGUUACGUUGACGGAAUGGGUCCUCUCUGGGUAACCUGCAAAGAGUACGCUUUGAGAAAGAUUAACAAGCUCCUUGAACAAAGUCUACUAGCUUUACCAAGUUUGGUAUUUCUCCGGCAAGUGUCAAAAUGACCUGCACUUCCAAUAUGUUCUCUUCCAACUGUGGUGUUGCAUUCUGGGUUGUUUUCUUCAUUUUUUAUAGAUUUAUAUUUAUUUUCUUUACUCACUAAAGGUGAAAUAUUUAAUUAGAAUAUAUUUAGUGAAGAUGUUUUUAAGUUAUUCCUACUUACACUAGAAAUCCUGCUAGAUUGUAGCCAGAACUAACUGACUGAUAAACUGUGACUUAACAUGCAGAUAGUAAAACCAAGCUAGCCGUAUAUGGUGUGAACAAGAUAGAUGUAUGCUCAGAAUAUGUGCCACUACUAUUUUAGCUUGGUGUGAUUUCUGGGUCCUCUAUGUUCACUUGGCAUUAUAUUGUAUUCUCAUUUUUGAAAAUGCUGCUAUAUUGUUUUCACAACGUUUAAUUGAUGAAUUAAUGAAGCCUGUAGAUAAAUGUUUCACACUGAACCAAACUCAAUCACCAUCACAGAUAUGUUGUCAGACGGAUUGGAUGUUUUAAGAAUGAAUGACCUGCCCUGUGAAUUGUUAUACCAAACCUGUUUUCAUGCAAUGGAAUCUUGAAGUUAUAUCUAUUCAACAACACUACUAAUUAAUUGAAUGUAGUUUAAAAUGACACAUUAAAAUUCAGCUGUGUAUAUAUCAUC